CAAACUCUUUUUUUUCCCUUGCAGCACUUCAAAAUUAAAUGGCCCAGAAAAAUGAAAAUGUAGUUUCCACGGAGAAGGAGCUGUUUGUGAGGCAAGUCAUCACAAGAAGAGGAGGUGGGCAAGUAAGCAGAGGAUACCAAGACCAACCUGUAGAAAUUGAGCAAACUUCACAGGAGGAGAGACUCAACAAAUUCAGGGAUGCAGUAGCAGCAGCAGCAGAAAAUUCAGCAACUCAGACUACCAGACCAAAGAUCCAAAAGGUUCCCAUCAUGCUCCAAGAUCACCCAAAUUUCAAAAAAUACUACGAGCCAAGGGUAGCUGCCAUCGGUCCUUUCCACCAUGGUAAACCGAAGUACGAGCAGGCAGAGAAAGUCAAGUUUCAAUUAGCCGCAAAGUUUGUCAUAGACAGUGAGCAGAAUGAGACAAGUUUGCUCAAGAAGGUUGAGGAGAACAUCAAGGAUCUAAGGGAGUACUAUGAUGAGGAAGCAACAAAGGACCAUGAGGAUGAUUCCCUAGCUUGGAUUCUGUUCAUUGAUGGGUGUUCGACGCUGGAAUUCAUAUACAAAUAUAAAGAGUUAGAAUCUUUUGAGAUCAAGAGAGACCAGGUGGCCUUUGCAGAACAGGACAUGUUCUUGCUUGAGAACCAACUUCCUUAUCAACUCCUCACGCUGUUGAUGAGCUCCAGCAGCAAAUACGAGGAAGUGAAGAAGUCAAUUGAGAGCUUUGUUCAGAUGCACGGUGUUACACCAGAUGAGAAGCAGAAGCCACCACAACCGGCAGCAGGCGGAGCAAGUGGACACGUAACAAUACCCAUGGAACCAGAGCCAACUCAUCUUCUUGAGCAUCUUCUGACAAGAAUGCUAGGAUAUCGACCUAAAAAAAGUGAGCCAAGUGUCAACCUUCAUCUCCAAUCUUUUCGCAAUGUACAAGAGCUUCAGGCAGCCGGGAUCCAUUUUAGGCAGAGAACAGGGCCAAGCGUAUUGGGCAACAUAUAUUUUAAGAGCUAUAUAUGCUGUGGGUUCCUUGAUCUUCCCAAAAUAAAAGUAGACGACUCGAUGGGGCCUAAGUUCAUGAAUUUGAUAGCCUACGAAAUGUGUCCUGAUUUUCAGAACGAUUUCGGGGUCACCUCCUACAUAAGCUUCCUCGAUUCGCUCAUCGAUCAUCCGGAUGAUGUGAAGCAUCUGAGGAAAAAGCACAUACUUCGAAACUUACUUGGGAGUGACGAGGAGGUGGCUAAACUCUUCAAUGAGAUAGGCACUGACUUGGUGCCUAACAAUGCAAUUUACAGCAAAGUUAAAAGCAAGAUAGAAGAUCACUACCAGACCAUGUGGAAGAAAUGGGUGGCUCAAUUCUUUCAUGAGCAUUUCAGCAGCCCCUGGACUAUCCUGGCUUUCACUGGUGCUCUCUUAGGGCUUUGGAUGACCGCUGUUCAGACGUGGUACACCGUCAAUUCUGAUACCCCUCCAUGUGAAGCCUUACUUGAGUACCUGAAAGCGCGCGGGCACUAAAAGACUACGAGCAUGACAAUUAUAAUGUAAUAUGCGUCCGUAAGUUUUUCAGGUACUAAAAAUACAUUUGCUGCUUUGCAAUUUGUGUGUUGUAUACGGUUCCGUACGUCCCCCCAAUUACGAAUUCUUCUAGAGGUUUUCACAAGUCAUAGCUUCUCAAGGGUCCUCUUUCCAUUUGGUAUUUAUACUGUCACUGUCAGCAGAUGUGACUAAAAUAAGGCAAGUUGAA